AUGGUCUGGGAGCCGGAGCACCACCCGGACGCGGACCUGCCGCGGGAGACAAUCUCUUUGCGGGAGUUCAAUCUUCUCGUGGAAGAUAUUUGGUUCAACGAGCACAACGUGGUCGAGCGUCAGGAUUUCGAGACAUGCCUCGCAGCGCUGGCAGGGCGUUACCACCACAGCGCGUCGGACGAAGAACAUCGCCUGUUCAUCAACGCACGCAACAGUGCCCAAAUGCCUCCGCCCGCUCAGGACGAGGAGGAACGCAACAGCGAGGAUUAUUUCCACGUCAUCCGUGAUUUCGACUCGAUCUUGGGAACCUCGGAGGACUUGCCGUAUCAGUGCAGCCUCAAUGUCUAUCCCGUGGCGCCGUUCAGCGAAACAUUGACCCAUCGCGUCUAUCUCUACUGGCCAAUCACACGUGGCAAUCAGCGCACAGAGGUCGAGAUUAGCAGGAUCCCCAACCUGUGCCUAGCCAAAGUCGGGCUGCGCUCCAAAGUCAACGUGAUGUUCCCCGCGAUGUAUACGCCCCACAUGUCCCCGCCAUCCCUCAGGGUCCAGGGGCAGCUGCAUUUCGGGACAGCGGAGAUACCCGCGCACGACAUCCCCACCUUCUACCGCAGGCUUCGUCGGUACAUGAACCGCAUCCCCCAGUUCCAGGGCGCCUUUUUCUAUCACGAGGUCCGCGGGGCCAAAGGAGGGACUCACCAUGACCCCGAGGACGACGACGAUGCAGAGUUCGCGCUCCAAGACGUAUUCGGACACCUCGACUUCGACCAGAUCACAGAUGACGAUCUGAACCACAGGUGGUUUGUUGACGUCGCCCUCGAGGUCCGCCGCCCUGGACACGUUGUCCACUGGCGCAGAGAUAACAUGGAACGAAUCAUUCGACAUGCCGUGCCCCACGGUAGCCCAUUAACAAUCAGCCAUCUCCCACGCGGCAAGGUACUCAAGAUGAUCACGCCGUGCAGCUGA